UUACAUCUUCAAUGUCCAAAUUUAAGGAUUCUGCGAGGAAGGAAUCGUUUGAACCGCGAUCCGAUUCGACCAGGGACUGCAAUGAACCCGCUUUUAACGAAUUCAUGAUGAUUUUAUGCUUUUUUAUUCGAAGAUAAACGUCAACCGAACAGCUGAUUUUUUGUUUUUAAAUUUUUUUUGUCAAUUUUUUGUGUUUUUUCGCUAAAAAAAAUUAAUUUUUCAUUUUUUUGUUGAGUAAAUGAACGCUGUGAUUGCUCUAAAUCACUUUUGUGAGAGUCACGGUCCGAACGUAGUUUUCACGACAACUACCCUCCGAGAGACAAAUUUGAACGAAAUUUCCUUCAAAAAUGUCCUUUUUGAGCGUCACAAUUGCCCGAGUUGCAAUUCCAUCGGGUUAGAAACCGGCUAUAAUAGUUCAGAUGCGGAAACUAACACGAAAUUCUUCAGUUCGCAGCAUCCAGUGUUGCCGGAUACGGUAAAUGUACUCAAAGUAGCUGCUACUCGGAGUCUCAGUUGCGAGACGAGUUACAACAAAAAUGGGGGAUUUGUCUUUUUUGGCGAUGCCUCGGGGCAUAUAUUGUCGCAUACGUUCCAUUUGGCGGAUUCUAAUGCUCGGGGGUUGUUCAAAUUGUACAGCAUCACGAUUUUGAUGAAGGACAAAACUUUUUUGUUGAACACGGAACCCUUUUUAUCGCAACAUUUGGAGGAAAUUUCCAAAGAAUUGCAAGGAUAUGCGGAUAAAAUCUACGAAAAAGAGCAAAGUGAGUCGUCGCAAAGGGCAACGAGACUGAAUGCGGGACGAAUUACCUCAAAUACGAAGCGAUCCUUGAUGGAUUUGACCGGAAAAACGCACAUUUAUGGCAUGUUGCAUCAGAAUUUCGCAUGGUUACUGUGGGCAGGCGCUCGAUAUUUGUCCGAAUCCAUCACUUUAGGCACCCCCAGUGCUCCGCCGUGGCUUGGGAAGGAAACUGAAGAGGGAUUUACGAUGGUCCAACUCGACAAAGAGGAUUUUCUGUUGAAACAAUUGGGAAAACUCACGACUAAAGAGCAAAUUUUAGAGGAAAUUUCCUCGCCGAGACAAAUUUAUCAAGAAACCACUGAAAAUUUUCCGUUAAUAAUUUUUUCUUUACUCACCGGAGUCGGAAUUUAUCUCGUAAAUGACGUAUUAAGAGCUCAAAAUUACUUGCGAGUCUUUAAAAAUCUCCUUCCCGAAGCUUUGCACAAAGUUUUUAUGAAUGAAUUUCCUAAUGGAGCUCAAUGUCGUGUCAUUGUCACGGAAAAAAUGCCGGAAAAUUGCACAAAUUGUCUCGUAAUUGAGUUUAAAAGUGACAAUCAAACCGAAGUUAAGAGUUUUGUGAGUUUACCGGCGAAAAUGCCGACACUCGUGACGAAAAUUGUUAAAGCUGUGAAGGAAGAAGCGUUUACAGAAGCAGUUUUGGAAAAGAGAAUUAAAGUUUUGGUUGAAGAAUGGAAGAAUAAAGUGCAGUGUUUGCUGAAAAUGAAUAAAAAUCAGGAUACGACGAAGUUGAAGAAGGUUCUUGGACUGCAAGUGCACGAUCAGCCGCUGAUUAAUUUUUGGAUGACAAAUCUAAAUUGAAUUUUGACGAAUUUGAGAUUAUUAUUUUGGAUUCUUUUUCAAAAAUUCCAAAAUUCAAAACUGACAUUUUUUGUGUAUAAAUAUGAAAACAUUUGAUAUUUUCUUGAAUUAUACAAU